AGAGUACUGGAGUGAACAUGAGAUUCCAGAUUAACUGAAUAUUUGAAGCAGUCAUCAUAAAGUGCCUUGUGAUGGAUCAGAGAUUCCAAACGUCAUCAUGUCUUGUGACAAGCAAUUCUCUUACAGUGAUGAUCUGCUUCAUGAUAGGCCUUCAAUAAAUGCUGGAAAGCUGGAACGAAAAGAGGCCGAUGUCCGAAAUCCAUAAAAGGAAGAAAGCAGGGAAAUGAAAGGAAGUUAAGGAUAGGCAUUGAAAUGCCCUUCAUUUCUCAGGUCCAGUGAACAAAGAAAAAAAAGGAAGACACUGCACUGCUGCAUGAGAUAAAAGCACAUAUUCUUCUUUUUGGCAGUGCAGUUUUGAUUCAAAUGAUGGCUUCACGGGUGAAAGCUGGAGCGCCAUCAGGUUGAUUCAUGCAAGGAUUCAAAUCGAUGAAGACAAACGGGAACCAGAAAUUCAACAAAAAGGUCAGAAUCGAAAGAAGAGAUAGCAGAUAGCAGCAAAGAUUUCUGCAGCAUGCAGCAACAGUGGCUUCUGGGCGGAGGUAUCACGAGAGAAGAAGAUAUGAUGCAUCAUUGCCAUCAUGAGCCGCAGAUCUCCAACCCAACCCAUACUUCGCUCGAGAAAGGGAGGGUCUCCCCUCCUUCACCAUCGGUCAUAAGCAACCCUUCCCGACAUGAGUACAUCACGCUUCACUUCCCUGCCUUAAUGCAGCUUUGUAGCGCCAUACCACUUGUUGACCGAGCAACAACUGCAGGUCUAGCCGCAAUGAUUAGUGAUCAAAUGAUCUCCUAUAGCGUUGUUAACCAAACCAAGCUUUGAAGAGAAAGAGAGAGAGAGAGAGAGAGUAAAUUCUUUGACUUUGUAGGAAAAAGAAAAGCCAAUACUAUAGUCGGUAUUUGAAAGCUCCAACAAAGACACCAUCCUUCCAAAUCAACAGUAUCUACAGUUGACCCUCCUCUCUAUGUUCUAUCAACCAUCAAAAAUCUUAUAAAGAAGCACCUCUUCCAGCUCUGCGGAACUCUUCCCUUCCCUCGUCCCAUCCCCCACAAACCUCAUUCCUUCCCUCUCCAGUGGAGAUCGAUCAUGAAGCCCAUGCUGUUCGAACCUCGUUUCACAAGACAGGAGGAGGGAGGAGCAGUAGAUGAUCACAGUCAAGCCAUGAGAGCAGCCAGUGGCCUCCAAAGCCACUUGGAGCUCAGUCUUGGCAUCUCUUCAGACACCAUCUUCAACGUCGCGACCGGCAGAGUUGGUGAGAAGCGCCACCGCGGUGGUUCCGGUGAGCUACCCGCAGCAUUCCCAGUUCCCAUCGGUGACCUUGCGUUGCACCGAAGUGACGAGGCCAGUCUUGUCGAGGCCAUGAAGCGCUGGUCUGCAGCUGACAUCCACAGUGGAUUCGUUCACCCAUGGAGCCUUGCUGCCCGGCAACAGAAGGCGGUCCUCGAGCAAGCCCACCGUUCUCCUUCUUUGACAAGAGCUGCGCAUCCUGUUGGCUGGCCACCGGUGCGAGCUUCGCGAAAGAACAUAGCGAGUGCGAACUUGGUGAGGGCGGCGGAGAUGGAUGGAGAGAAGGAUGCAAAGAGACCGAAGCUGGGAGAGGGGGAGGCAGCAAAGAGCGAAAUCAGAUCGAGAUCUACGAUGUUCGUGAAGGUGAACAUGGAAGGGUACGUGUUCGGGAGGAAGAUCGACCUCAAAGCCCACGAUGGCUACCAGUCACUCUCGCGUGCCCUCUGCAAACUCUUCCGCAACUUCCUCUCCUCUAAUUGUUUAGGCAAUUCAGAAGAGCAAGAUGAUGAGGCUGUUGAUGAUGGCUUCAUUCUUCUUUAUGAAGAUAAUGAAGGUGAUCAGAUGCUUGCUGGUGACAUCCCCUGGGAGUUGUUCAUUACAUCAGUGAAGAAACUCUACAUUGCUCCCAGUCCAAAAAGGAAUGAUACAGGUGGAGAGCCCAAAAAACCUACCUCAAGCAACAAUUAGACUACUGAAUAGAGGUGGCAGGAGAAAUGAAGCACAUCAUCAACUAACUCUUUUGUUGUGCCUUUGUAUCACCUUUGUGUUUAGUGGUAAUGGUUUAGUGCUUGUUAUUCAUAUCUGUUUGUUGUAUGAUGGGAGACCAUAUAUGUUUUAGGGACUUGAUCAAAUGACAUAGUUAGGGUUUUGAACAUGCCAAUGGUUUCAAAAUAAAUGUAUUGUAUGUCUUUGCUAAAGAAA